UGUAAAAAGAAAUAAGAGUGAGAGUAUUAGUGAGCAUAAAGGGAGCUAUGAGCUCCACAAAUUUAACUUCCAAUGGCAACAGCACUCUCUUACUCAUCACUCUAUCCCUUCCAUUCUUUUUCAUCAUCUUCAACAACAAUUUCUUCCUCUUUAUACCCUUUUACUUGCUCUCCUUCUUUAACAACAAAACUUGAAAUUCCAAUCUUGUCCUCAUCAUCAUGUCUUUCCCAUAUUCACCAAUUCUCCAUAAAUCAUCAUCAUCCCAUUUUGCUCUUUGUUGGUUUUGAUUCAGUCCCUUUGGAUACUCAAACUUUUCUUGCCACUUUCAGUGUUUUAACUGCCAUUGCUCUCUCCCUUUUUCUUGGCCUUAAGGGAGAUCCAGUUCCUUGUGAUAGGUGUGCUGGGAAUGGUGGGACAAAGUGCGUAUUCUGCAAUGAUGGUAAGAUGAAGAAAGAAACAGGAUUAGUCGACUGCAAAGUUUGCAAGGGUGCAGGAUUAAUACUCUGCAAGAAAUGUGCUGGUUCUGGAUACUCAAAAAUGCUAUGAGCCUAUGACAUACACUACUUGUGCUCUUUUGCACUGUAGUUAUUGACUUGUGUUCUGAGGCUAAUUCUCAUAUACAUGAAAUUUUAAAGCUCACAUAUGAGGCUAUUUCAUUUUGUUUAAUAUGUUUUGCAUUCAUAUAUUUUUCUUUGAAAAAAGGGUUAGUAGUACUUUUGAUCCCUCGAUUAUUGGUAGAUUAUGAUUUUAGUCCCUAUGAUAUCUGCUUAAGCGCAUUAAACCUUCACUUAAUUGAAUUCUGCUCUUCGGAUCC